AUGUCAGCAGUGGAACAAUUUGAAACUAUAUUGAAGGAGUUGCCAACGUUGAAGGCCCCUGGAGUGUCAGGGUCGCGUAUAAAGAAGUUGACGGAUCUUGCAGUGAAGAAUGUAUCGGAAGAGUCGAAGUUCAUAACUAUUUUGUACUCUAACUGUAAAGCGGCCCCUUCGUCGCACAAAUUAGGUACAUUAUACGUGGUUGAUUCGAUCGUAAGAAUCUUUAUUGAGGAAGCGAAGAAACAAAACCAAGAAAUUACCUCGCUGGCCCCAGAAGGAACUUAUGCUUCUGCUGUUUACAAAAUCAGCGAGCUAGUCGAACUGCUUAUUGACGAUGCGAUGGAAUUACUGGUAAGUAAGUCCCAGACAAUUAAAAUUGGUAAAUUAGUAGACAUUUGGGAAAGAGCUGAAACGUUCAAGCCAGAAAUUAUCAAUAAGAUCAGGUCCAAACAUUUCAGUUCCACCACUCCUCCUGGCUCUCCACCUGGUAAAACUAAUGAACCAAUAAAGCAACAACCUGAGAAUAAUUCAAACGACUCGGGUAGUAUUUUGCUGGCUUUGGCAUCUUUGGCUAAGAAGUCUAAUUCCAAUAGCUCUACACCUACUACCGCCUCUGCUGUUCCUGUUCAACAACCUCCACAGCCACAGCAGGCAUCUGGAAAUAAUGCUAACGACAUUUUAUCUCAACUUUCAGCUAUGGCAGGUAAUAAUGGUGCUGCUCCUCAACAGAAUAAUGCACCUCAACCGGGGCAAUCUGCACCAAAUGAACAAUAUAUUUUCAAUAUGUUGCAGCAAAUGCAAAACGGUAGUGCAUCUCUUCCUCCAAUCCCUCAGCAACAAUCUAGACAAACUGGACAGCCAGACUAUGGAACUGGUAGACGUGGUCGCGAUGAUAAUGGUGUUACAAGUUAUUCCAGAAGAAACAGAUCAAGAUCACCAAACCGCUUCGGACAAAACAACAGAAGAGAUAGAUCUCCUCCAAGACAACAAUUUCAACAACAAUUUCAACAACAGAUUCCACAACAAUUUUUACCUCAACAGUCACCUAUGCCAACUCAAAUUCCUGGUGGACCACCAAACUUUAAUGUUCCUAAUGAAAUGAACGGUGAAAUGAAUUUACCAGGUACUCCGCAUUACCGUCCUCGUAAUGUUGGAUUUGAUCAAUCAUUACCACAAGGAUCUUUUAAAGUGUUGUCAAGAACUUUAUUUAUUGGUGGUGUCCCAAGAAAUAUGGAUGAAAAGGAAUUAGCAUCAGUUUUAAGACCAUACGCUGAAGUUCAAUCUGUUAUUUUGAACAGUGAAAGAAAGCACGCUUUUGUUAAGGUUUACUCAAGAAGAGAAGCUGAACAAGUCAUUACCUCUUUUAACAAAGACAAUGCAUUACCCUUAAGAACUCGUUGGGGUGUUGGAUUCGGUCCAAGAGACUGUUGUAAUUAUCAGCAUGGUAUCUCAAUCAUUCCAAUCCAAAGAUUGACCGAUGCCGAUAGGGCUUGGGUUGUCCAGGCCCAAUGGGGUGGUACAGGUGGUCAGCCAUUACUGAGUGGUAUGGUCAUCGACGAGCCAGAUAUUGAGAUUGGUACUGGUAUAUCUUCAAAGGCUAUGUCUAAAAAGAUGCCUACUAACUCCGCCAGAAAUGGUCCAAAGUCUAAUAAGCCAGGUGAACCAGAUGAAGAUUAUGUUAAGACUACAUUAAUUCCUCAGCAAAACGCAUCUAUGUCUCAUGGUGCGCAACCAGAUUUCACAACUUUAACUCAAUCAUCAGUAAACCCACUUAGUGGUUUAUUUGGAAACUCCAAUAGCCCAAAUCCAGGCUUUUCAAUGCCUGCCCAGCCUGCUCAGCCUGCUCAAGGAAACUUUCCUCGAGCAAAUGAUUUUAUGAACACCUUAAAUCAAGGUGGUGGUAAUCCAAAUUUAAGUGCACAAUUGGCAAACUUCUUUCAAAAUGGAAGAAUGAACCAGCCUCAAUGA